CAUUUUAAACCAAUGACAACACGAUACGUCGCAAUUACGUCACGAUAGAGGCGGUACCUAAAAGCAGGAAGUGGAUUUUUGAUGGUACUGCCUGAAAGAAUGAAGGAAUUGCUCUGAAGCAACACCAGUAGGUGCAGUAAUUCACGAGCGUUUUGCAUUUGGGUCGUUUGUGCCACCAUGUGGCCGGUGGUGUGGACCGCUAUGCGCACCUAUGCGCCCUACGUGACCUUCCCUGUGGCCUUCGUAGUGGGCGCGGUGGGCUACCACCUGGAGUGGUUCAUCCGGGGACCUCCCAAAACCCCGCGAGAAGAGAAGGGUAUCGCGGAGCUUCGCGAGGACCGGAAACUCGAGGAGCUGGUGGGCCGAGACAGCACGCAAGUCCUCAGUCUGAAGGACAAACUGGAGUUCACCCCCAGGGCAGUACUGGAAAAGAACCGGCCUGAGAAGAGCUAGCUAGAGCCAUGUCAGAUUUCCCAGAGGGAUCACAUCACUCAUGCUAGCUUAUAUGCUGUAGAACAUAUCAUUGUGUACAACAUGAGUUCCUGAUUCUACAUCACUCUACGAUCCAACACAUCACAGGUUUCCUUGCACAUUUGAGUGAUUUUUCCUCGCUCUAACAUACCUGAUCCAGUAAUCAGCUACUUAACAGGCUUUCCUGAAUUAAAGUGGGUGUGUUAGAGCAGGGAAAGCACUAAACUGUCCAGGACAGGGGUGUGCAGUCUUAUCUGCAAAGGGCCAGUGUGGGUGCAGGUUUUCAUUCCAAUCAAGCAGGAACCACUACUGAUUCCACCUGAUUAAUCAGCUGAUCUUGGCUUUCAAUAGACUCGGGUCUGGCUUCUGCUUAGUUGGAAUGAAAACCUUCACCCACCCUGGCCCUUUCCAGAUAAGACUGGACACUCCUGGUCCACGACAAGGACUGCGAGCCUGUGCCUGGCAUGAUUAUUCCCUCUUCCUUAACGCUCACUCACUGGAAAAAGACUUGUGAAUGUACUUUGUGGCUUAAUGUUCAAGUUCCUCAGGCACAUGGACACAUGACUGUUUAUCCGACAUUGGAGAAACAUUCAGAAGCUUCUGUAUAUCUCCAUUUUCACUGAUUAUCAUAAGACUGCGCUUGAAAGAAUGGCAAGAAUUGCUUAGAUUAAAUGUUUUGUGAGAAGUGCCCUUAUUACUGUCCUGUAUUAGUGAGAGCAAACAAUAAAACAUCACUUUGCCCCAUUCAUCACUUCUGCCCAUGCCAGAACAUGAUACAUCACCUCAUUCUAGAAGUUGUGUGUGAAAGCUUUAGCCAUCAACUGCGACUUUAUUCUAGUGUUCACAUAUUAGAGUAAAGGAAAACUCCACCCUGGAAGACAAUAAAUGUUUAUUUUGAAAUAUU